AUGGCUUGUUCUCCAACGGUCGAGACAUCUGCCCUCGUAACCGAAAGCCCGUUUUCUCGUAAAAUUCGCGUGACUUCUGAUAGGAGGCCCACACGAUCCUUUGCGCAAAGCUCCAGGCUUAAGCCCUGGACAAAUAUGUUUGGUGUUCUUUUGCAUCAAAGAAAAGCUGGUGUAGCCUCCUGUCGACAUGCGUGGACCCCACAGAGAGGCUCGUUCGCGCCACGUCAUCGUCAGCCCCUCGCAAGAUGUUGCGCAGCUGCUCCUCAGCCGCAGCUAGAGUACACAGGCUAUUCGGUGAUUGUGAGUCCAAACCUCGGCUGCCACAACGUUUAUGUGAAGGCCGGCAAGCACUGCCGAGAUUUCCGAGAGGAGGCCUGGCCGGUCACGGCCGAUGAGCUCGAUGGCUGUUUGACGGUGUUCGCCAGAGGGUUUUGCUCCGACCCGUUUUCCGGGAAGGGCCUUCAGAACACCGGCUGUGGUUCCUUUGGGUCCUAA